CCCUCCCGGUUCUUCUGAACUUGAGCUGCAGACAGAAAGAAGGUCGUUUUGCUCGAGGAGCCAAAAGUGGGAUGAGCACACACAAUAUGAGCAGCAAGAAACUUCCGACUGGGGCCAAGAUGUCCGACAGCAUCUGCUGCAGACUGGUUGACUUUUUCGAUGAGCUGACCGAGGAGGAAUUCAAGAGAUUUAAGCUGCACCUUGAAAACUACUCACUCGAGGAAGGCUACAAGCGCAUUCGGCGUUGCAAGACCGAGAAGGCUGACCACAUUGACAUAGCCGAUCUCAUGGUCAAGGCAUAUGAGGAAGCCAAAGCACUACAGAUGACAGUCAAGAUUUUUGACAGAAUAAACAAGAAGAAUCUGUCAACAAGAGUCAGGCAGGAGAUGCCAGCAUUUUUCUUUCAGCCUGCAAAACCAGUAGACUUGACCAAGGAAGAAAAAAGAAAAGUGCAAGUGACGCUGGAUCCCAAGACAGCCUUCCCUACCCUCGUCCUUUCUGAAGAUCGGAAAAGUGUGUAUCUGGGAAGCCAAGCCAAGCCUCUUCCUGACAACCCCGAACGCUUCAAUUUUUCACCAUGUGUCCUGGGGGUGGAGGGUGUCACCUCUGGGAUUUUGGAGUGGGUGGUGGACGUGGGCAUUGCCAAAGGAUGGGCCAUUGGUGUUGUACGCGAAUCAAUAGAUAGAAAAUGGAACCUCUACAUUACAGUCAAUCAAGGAUUUUGGGUGCUACGGUUGACAGAAGGAGAAUAUGAGGCUUCUACCACCCCUUCCACCACUCUUUCCCUGUGGAAAUCACCACGACGGAUCAAGGUACGCCUGGAGUAUAACUAUGGCAUCCUCACCUUCUCUGAUGCUGACUCCAUGGAGCUUAUCUUCAGCUUCAACUAUCCUUUCUCUGGACGGAUAUUUCCCUUUUUUCAAGUCUGGGACACAGAGAUCCCCUUGCAAAUCAUCUCCUGUGAUUCAUAGGGGCACAUUUUCAAAAUAACUUAAUGAAGAUUAAUCACCAUUCCUCUUCCCAGCACUCCUGACCACCCUGCUGUAUUUCAAAUCAGGAUGACUUAAGAGUAACAUAAGGGUUUAUUUGCCUCCACUUUUUAACGUGUUUCUCUUCUGAGUGAACUGAUGGUUCUCAGGCCUUCUUUCACUGCCCCAUCUACAUGGUCCCAGUAUUUCGCUUCUUACUUUGGUGACAUGGGAUGCCGCUCUCAUGUCAUUAGUGUUAUAUGUGAGAGGGGCCAUUGUGAGUUCAGAACCAACAAAUGAUAUUUUGGACAUUCAGGAGUGUGCUCCUUGUCAGAACCUUCACUUUACAAGUACCAAUUUUCUAGUUAAAUUUAAGAUCACCCUCUGUAUUCUCUAUCCAAAUUCUCCUGGCCAUGCAGCUCCCUACCAUGAGGAUAUCCUUCCACCAACAUCAGACUCUCUUCCCCUGAAUUACAUUCAGACGCCUUUAAGUUGAGACACAGCUAUUCAUCCUGGCUUUUCCCAAUUCACCCUUCUUCCCUUUCCCUUUCUUUCCUUUUAGACAGACUGUGGGCAGGGGCGGCCCUUCCAUGAGGCAGGAUGAGGUUGUUGCCUUAGGCAUGGGCACGAGGAGGGAUACAGGAGGUAGCAGGCAUCGCACUGUCACAUAGGCAUCACCCCAUGGGCCUCCCUGCCACCAUCCUUCCUCACCCCAAUGGCAUAUGUCUCUUCUUUCUUCUCUCCCUCACCCCCAAUGCAAGCUAGAAAUGACACCAUUGUCUGGUUUGCUGGCCUAGGCUGAGAGUACUCAUUUGCCAUCACUGCCACCUCAGCAGCCGGGCCUGAGAACGCUGAGCACCCACCCACAGAUGGGUGUGUGUGUCAUAUUGUGUCAUAUUCCGGGCAAAAUACAAAGUGCUGGUUAUUACCUUUAAAGCCCUGAAUGGCUUGGUUCUGAGAUAUCUUAGAGAGCGCCUUCUUUUACAUGACCCCCACCGCACGUUACGGUCAUCUGAGGAGGUCCGUCUCCAGUUACCACCGGUUCGUUUGAUGGCAACUCAGAGGCGGGCCUUCUCUGUAGCUGCUCCCGGGCUGUGGAAUGCACUCCCAGCAGAAAUUCGCCAUCUUAAUUCCUUACUGACCUUCAAGAGAGCCCUUAAAACCCAUCUGUUUGGCCUGGCCUUUCAGGGUUUUAAUUAGUUUUAAUUAUUUUAAUGCUAACCUGGUUUUCAGGGUUUUAAUUGUUUGUUUGUUUUAAAGAUGUUUUUAAUUGGUGUUCAUAUUUAUAUUUCUGUUUUAAUUGUUAUUGGUUUUAAUGUUUUCUGUUUUUAAUUGUAAACCUCCCUGAGCCAUUUUGGAAGGGCAGUAUACAAAUCAAAUCAAACAAAUAAAUAAAUAUGUCCUUUGCCUCAGACAGCAAAAUGUCUUGGACUGCCCCUGCCUGUGGGCAGAGUCCCAUGUUGCACACUGGCUAACAAGACCAAAAAAAAAAAAAAAAAAAAGCUCCCCUUGAUACCAGUGGGGGAAGAACUUGUGAGAAGUUACUGUGGACCAAAACUGGGGGGGAAAUGUGAAUUAUUGGAAAAAGAAAAACUGAAUAAAGAUGUGGGUAAACA